GGAGGAAGGGGCCGAGCCGGGAGAGCCCCCGCCCCGGGAGGAAGGGGAGGAGGCCGGGUGUUUCCUGGCGCAUUCCCGGCCCGCCCGAGUGACUCACUCGGUCCGGAAACUCCCAGGGCCCGCCCGGGACCCCCGAGCAGCCGCCGCGGACCCAGGCCAGGAUGGCAGCCCAGGUGACCCUGGAGGAUGCACUGUCCAACGUGGACCUCUUGGAGGAGCUGCCUCUGCCUGACCAGCAGCCCUGCAUUGAGCCCCCACCGUCCUCACUGCUCUAUCAGCCAAAUUUCAACACUAAUUUUGAAGACAGAAAUGCAUUUGUUACCGGCAUCGCAAGAUACAUUGAACAAGCAACUGUCCACUCUAGCAUGAAUGAGAUGCUGGAGGAAGGCCAAGAGUACGCUGUCAUGCUCUACACCUGGAGAAGCUGCUCUCGGGCCAUCCCACAGGUGAAAUGUAACGAACAGCCUAACAGAGUUGAAAUUUAUGAGAAAACCGUGGAGGUCCUUGAGCCUGAGGUCACAAAACUGAUGAAUUUUAUGUACUUCCAGAGAAACGCCAUUGAGCGUUUUUGUGGGGAGGUGAGGCGCCUCUGCCACGCAGAGAGAAGGAAGGACUUCGUGUCCGAAGCCUACCUGAUCACCCUGGGCAAGUUCAUCAACAUGUUUGCUGUGCUGGACGAGCUGAAGAACAUGAAGUGCAGUGUGAAGAACGACCACUCGGCCUACAAGAGGGCUGCUCAGUUUUUACGUAAAAUGGCAGAUCCACAGUCCAUCCAGGAAUCACAGAAUCUAUCCAUGUUCCUGGCCAACCACAACAAGAUCACACAAUCUCUGCAACAGCAGCUUGAAGUGAUUUCUGGUUAUGAAGAGCUCCUAGCAGACAUCGUGAAUCUCUGUGUGGAUUACUAUGAGAAUAGAAUGUACCUGACGCCCAGUGAGAAACACAUGCUUCUCAAAGUCAUGGGAUUUGGUCUAUAUUUAAUGGAUGGAAGUGUCAGCAACAUUUAUAAACUAGAUGCCAAGAAAAGAAUAAACUUAUCCAAAAUAGACAAAUACUUCAAGCAACUCCAGGUGGUUCCGCUGUUUGGAGACAUGCAAAUAGAACUGGCCCGGUACAUCAAGACCAGCGCCCACUAUGAAGAAAAUAAAUCUCGAUGGACCUGCACAUCCUCCAGCAGCAGCCCGCAGUACAACAUCUGCGAGCAGAUGGUCCAGAUUCGGGAGGACCAUAUGCGCUUCAUCUCGGAACUGGCACGCUACAGCAAUAGCGAGGUGGUUACGGGCUCAGGCCGCCAGGAGGCUCAGAAGACGGACGCUGAAUACCGGAAGCUCUUUGACUUGGCUCUUCAAGGUCUUCAGCUGCUGUCCCAGUGGAGUGCUCAUGUGAUGGAAGUGUAUUCAUGGAAACUUGUGCACCCAACGGACAAGUACUCUAACAAGGACUGCCCUGACAAUGCUGAGGAGUAUGAGCGUGCCACCCGCUACAACUACACCAGCGAGGAGAAGUUUGCCCUGGUGGAGGUGAUUGCCAUGAUCAAAGGCCUGCAGGUGCUGAUGGGCAGGAUGGAGAGUGUGUUCAACCAUGCCAUCCGCCACACCGUCUAUGCUGCACUACAGGACUUCUCCCAGGUCACCCUCAGGGAGCCACUCCGGCAGGCCAUCAAGAAGAAGAAGAAUGUCAUCCAGAGUGUCCUGCAGGCCAUCAGGAAGACUGUGUGUGACUGGGAGACAGGGCAUGAGCCCUUCAACGACCCAGCCCUGCGAGGCGAGAAGGACCCAAAGAGUGGCUUCGACAUUAAAGUGCCGCGGCGCGCUGUAGGACCCUCCAGCACCCAGCUUUACAUGGUGAGGACCAUGCUAGAGUCCCUCAUUGCAGACAAAAGUGGUUCCAAGAAAACCUUGAGAAGUAGCCUUGAGGGGCCCACCAUAUUGGACAUAGAAAAAUUUCAUCGAGAGUCAUUCUUCUACACCCACUUGAUAAAUUUCAGUGAGACACUGCAGCAGUGCUGUGACCUUUCUCAAUUGUGGUUCCGAGAGUUCUUUCUGGAGUUGACAAUGGGCAGAAGGAUCCAAUUCCCCAUUGAGAUGUCCAUGCCCUGGAUCCUGACAGACCACAUCUUGGAAACCAAAGAGGCAUCAAUGAUGGAGUACGUCCUCUACUCCCUGGACCUAUACAAUGACAGCGCCCACUACGCCCUCACCAGGUUCAACAAGCAGUUUCUCUAUGAUGAAAUCGAGGCAGAGGUGAAUCUCUGUUUUGACCAAUUUGUUUAUAAGCUGGCAGACCAGAUAUUUGCAUAUUAUAAGGUUAUGGCAGGAAGUUUGCUUCUUGAUAAACGGUUACGAUCAGAAUGCAAGAAUCAGGGCGCAACCAUCCAUCUCCCGCCAUCGAACCGCUAUGAGACACUGCUCAAGCAGAGGCAUGUGCAGCUUCUGGGCAGGUCCAUCGACCUCAAUCGUCUGAUUACCCAGCGCGUCUCCGCUGCCAUGUACAAGUCCCUGGAACUGGCAAUUGGGCGAUUUGAGAGUGAAGACCUGACAUCAAUAGUUGAGCUGGAUGGCCUCUUAGAAAUCAACCGCAUGACCCACAAGCUGCUGAGCAAGUACCUGACUCUGGACAGCUUUGAUGCCAUGUUCCGGGAGGCCAACCACAACGUGUCUGCACCUUACGGGAGAAUCACCCUCCAUGUCUUCUGGGAGCUCAACUAUGACUUCCUGCCCAACUACUGCUACAACGGCUCCACCAACCGGUAA